CCGAAAAGACGUGGUCGUUCUCAAAAACCACGACCUAUCGUUCCCGCUGGCCCUCUACCCAACCAGCAGCCGGCGAUUUCCUCUCAGGUUCAACCGCAAUCUUCGACUACAAAUGAUACUCCGGUGUUUGUGCAAUAUGUAAUUCCGACAAGUAACAACAGUGGCAUAGUCGAUGCGAGUUCUCAUUUGACGCCUGCGCCGAAAUCUUCGCACGCAACUAGACCUCGAAAGAAUAGUUCUGUUGGUGGUGGCAAUGUUCCUUCUGCCCCAAAACGCCCUAGAAAGCAGAAGGAUAAUAGUAAUGUUUCAGCAAAUGGCAUUCACGUUACUGGGGAGGAGAAUAAGAAUAAUAAACAAUUUUCAGAAUCUCUUCAAUUACCUCCCGCGGUUAUCAAUAAUUCCGAAGGUUCCCUUUCCUCUUCGUUCACGUCAAUGUCCACUAGCCUUGGAACUUCGACAAUUCCAAACCGUAAGCGUGAGCGUGAGCAUCCUGCGCCAAGCUCACCAAGAGAUACUUCUGAAAUAAAGCGAAGCAAAAAAGAAGAAAACGUCGAUGAUGAUGUAAUGAUGGAAGAUGCUUCUGUAACAAGAGAUGAUAAUAUAAGGAAUUCCUCAGACGAGGCAAAGUCUUCACCUUCACAUAUGGAAGCCGUCUUUAUUCUACAAUCGCUCAAAGAGGGUGAAGGAUCGAAGAGUCCCCCUACUGAAGUUGUCGCGAGUCCCUCUGCCACUCCGGACAUUGUUGGCGUAAAGGAGGAGGUUAAGGAGGUUACCAAACAAGUUUCUGAAGAGCCAAAGGUCGACCAAUUCGAAAAUCUGGUUGCGACAAAAGUUCGAGAACUAUCACUUGACGAAAGCGAUCAAUUUAAAGGAGCGGAAGACGUUAAUGUCAAAUCACCAUUGAUUCUUUCAGAAGAUCUCGCAAAAAAUUCGAGGAACGGCGGAGCCGUCAAACAAACUUUGACCCCUAAUAAACCGAAAAAAAAGGGUUUCAACGGUGGCAAUAAUAGUCGUAACGACGCUACUAAUAAUAAGGUUACCCGGACAAGACAGAUGCCAUCUGUCUCGAUAGGCGAUCAAAACGCGGGGAAUGAUUCUGAUAAUGAUCUGGCCAUGGACGACGGAUCGGACGACGAGGAAUAUGCUAAGCGUAACCAACCUAUAAGUAAUCAUAGUGUUGACGACAGUCUUCAGUGGAAUAGCGACGAAAUGGAAACCGAAGAGGAGGUGGAGGAGGAAGUGGUGAUCUUUGAAAACACGGGAGUCAAAGAUGAAAGCAAACCAACGUUUGUUUCCUCGCCUCCCCCUCUACCGUCUUUGCCUCCGACAACCGCCUCUCAUCCGAACCUUGUUAGAACAAAGAACGAAGAUUGCAACGGUGCCCUUUCAACGAUAUCCUCUGCGACACACAUUACAUCUGCUAAUCCAAAAAAUUCACGUCCUGCAUCUCCCAUAACCUCUAAUUGUGGUACCGCCUCAAGUUUAGUGUCACGUAAAGGUUCGGUAUCCAGUGAGAAAGAUGUCUUUUCCGAUGUUUUGGAUACGUCAUUAGCUUCACCGUCACCCUCUACUACAACCUCGAACCAUAUUACCAAUGGAAAUGGCAAGCCUCCAAGACCUUGUCCGCCCAGACGUAGAUCCACUAUGAGAGAUGACGAAAAGCUGGAAUUGGGUGCAAUAGAGUGGGAAAAAAAUAUUGAAAUUCCUCAGCACAUCUGGGAGGAAACUUUGCGAGUGUUUGAGAUUGUAAAACAUUCCAAAGAGAUGAAGAAUCGCCAACCUCACCGUAAACGUAAUCACAUUCUCGCGUCCAUAUUGUUCAUUCUAUGUCGCCAAAACGGUCUACCACGUACAUUUGUAGAAAUUUGUAAUGCGGCUUCCAUUCGGAAGCAGGAAAUUGGUAGUUAUUAUCGUCUCAUGUUAAAAGUGUUUGAGAGUAACGGUCUGGGCGGGGGAUCAAAUGGUACUGUCGAUUCAGCCGAAUAUUUGAAACGAUGGUGUCAAAAUCUCAAACUUCCAUCGCAUAUUCUCGACGCAGCGAUCCAUGUCUACAAGCAAGCUAGUGAGUUGAAUAUCACCACCGGUAAAUGUCCUGUUUCGGUUGGAGCUGCUUCUAUCUGGCUAUCUAUUUCUUCGUGGAAUGAAAUUCGAUCGAGUUGGAACAGUAAUGAUGAUCAUGAACAAAUAAAGUGCGAGCACAAAGACGUGGCGCAAGCUGCUGGAGUGGUUAAUGCUACUCUUGUUGGUUGUUUCAAGAAUCUAUCGAAGUACAAGGAUCAGCUUUUACCGGCGGAAUUUUUACAAGAGGCAAAAACGAGACCGCCAUACAAUCACAAAACAAGUGACUUCUCCGAAGGUAGCCCUGGUAGUAAUACUGUUGAAAACGAUUGUCGUGACGAAAAGAAGACGACGUUCUUUAGUUCCACCCCUUCACUUGAAAACCUCAAAUUCUAUGGUCCUCCUUUGGACGAAGAUGAGGAAGUCGCUGAAAAUGAUAAAACUAAAGUUGAAACCAUAAAAGUCGAAUCUAUAAAAGUAGAACCCACAACCCCUACGAUAUCCGCCUUGCCAAAUAAAGUAGAUUCCAUAACCUCUCCCAGGUCGAAAUCCCUUCAGUUGCAAUCUAAAAAUUGCAAAAUUGAGAACUGUUUUUCAAAUUCGGUAAAAGUCGAGCCCACCCAUUCGUCUUUCAAGGAAAUCAAACCUGAGAAAUCGUUAGUGAUGUCGAAAGAUACUGUGCCAGAACCUCAUGAUGAUGCGGAUGAUGAAUUAGAGGAGGGAGAAUUAAGGGAGGAUUGUAAUGACGCUAUGAUGGAUUAA